AUGCGAUCGGUUGCCGCCCCAUCAUUAGCCCUUGCUCUGCUGUUUCAGAGAGCCGGGGCUGAUACAACUCUUUCUGUUGAUCCCAACUCCAACUGGGGUACGUGGGAAGGCUGGGGUGUAUCUCUUGCUUGGUGGGCAAAAGCUUUCGGCAACAGAGAUGACCUAGCUAAUGUCUUCUUCACCAAAAACAACCAAGUCGUCAAUGGCCAAAACUUGCCAGGCUUGGGCUUCAAUAUUGUUCGGUAUAAUGCUGGCGCAUGUAGCACCAACAGCUAUGAUGGCGCCAGUAUGGUAGUCUCAUCGAGUAUCAAGCCGUCUCGGCAGGUCGAUGGCUACUGGCUCGAUUGGGCCAGCACUGACCCUACGUCAUCAAGCUGGAACUGGAAUGUCGAUUCUAACCAGCGAGCAAUGUUGCAGAAGGCUAAAGCGAACGGCGCGAAUAUAUUUGAGCUCUUCUCUAAUUCGCCUAUGUGGUGGAUGUGCAAUAACCACAAUCCGUCAGGGAACGCCUUGAGUGAUAACCUCCAGUCAUGGAACUACCAAAGUCACGCUGUUUAUCUUGCCAACAUUGCCCAGCAAGCUAAGCAAAGCUGGGGAAUCGAGUUUCAAUCAGUCGAGGCUUUUAACGAACCUUCUUCGGGUUGGGGACCUAUCGGUACUCAGGAGGGCUGCCAUUUUGCUGUGUCAACAAUGGCCACAGUUAUCAAUUACCUAAACACCGAGCUUGUGCAGCGUGGAUUGUCAUCAUUCGUUGCUUCAUCAGAUGAGACCAGCUAUGACUUGGCCAUUUCGACUUGGCAAGGCCUGGGCAGCUCUGUACAGAACCUUGUCAAACGUAUCAAUGUCCAUGGCUACCAGUACGGUGGUGGGCGACGUGAUACCCUUUACAGUCUUGCCAGUCAAGCAGGGAAGAGGCUGUGGAAUAGCGAAUAUGGUGAUGGAGAUGCAAGUGGAAAGUCUCUGUACACAAACCUGCUUCUCGAUUUUACCUGGCUCCACCCUACUGCUUGGGUAUACUGGCAGGCCAUUGACAUCUCUGGUUGGGGACUCAUCGUUGGCGAUAAUGACCAGUUGACGCUCUCAUCGGCAAGCACGAAAUAUUUUGUGCUUGCACACUUCACUCGGCAUAUCAAACCUGGCAUGCAGAUCUUGUCUACCCCGGAUGGUAAUACUGCGGCUGCUUACGAUCCUAGCUCUCAGAAGCUCGUCAUCGUUGCUGCAAACUGGGGUAGUGCUCAGACCAUCACUUUCGACCUUACUCGUGCAAAGUCUGCUGGCAGUAAUGGUGCAACAGUCCCUCGAUGGAGCACCCAAACAAGUGGCGGGGACCAAUACAAAAGCUACUCGGAUACAAAGAUCACCAACGGAAAAUUUUCAGUGUCCUUUUCUACGGGACAAGUGCAGACAUUUGAGAUCAGUGGUGUUGUGUUAAAAUAA